AGUUAUAUAUUUCACAUGAUGAAAUAAUAACUAUGAUAUUAUAAUAUUAUAAUAUUAUAAUAUAUUAUGACAAAAACAACGUAGUUUGCAGUGCAGUUGCCAAUUGCUAUUCCUUUAUUUAUUGAAUAAUUACCUCAGUAUCCAUAUUAUAUCCCGUACACUGUACAGUACCCACCUAAAUAAUAUAAUAUUUAUUUACAUUUUGAGUACAAUAUUAUAAUAUGGAUAAGUACCAAGCAUGUUUUCCGCGUUCCAUGGUAUACAGGCUACAGGCACUAUAUAUUAUAAUAUAAUAUUAUUAUAAUUCCAUGACUGCUGCGUGAAUCCGAAAAAGUGCCGCGUAUACUUAAAGACCGUUCAAACAGAUGGAUAAAACAUAUACGUAUACAUAAUGUGUCAGUAUGUACUUAUGUAUGUAUGUAUGUAUUAUAUGUAUGUGGACAUGCUGGCGCGUGUUUUUAAAAACAAGGUCAUGGGAAAUGGGAAUAAUCGAUUCUAUUGCACGCGCUCUUACGUGCACGAACCCCCAUCCCUUCCUCACAACCACCGAGUUCAACGAUUCGGCGGUGGCGGCUUUUAUUGCACGUUUUUAUUUUUUUGCUCCGUGUCCCGCGUGUUGUGGCGCCGUCGUUGGCAGCAAAAGCCGUUUUAGAGUUCAGUUUCGCGACCACGUCUGGUCAUUAAACAAUUCGUUUCCGCGCGCACACGUCGUAGUCCGACACUGGAUUAUUAUUUCAUACAAUAAGGCACGUAUCUUAAUAUCUAUUAUAAUGGAAAUUUAAACGCUCACCAUGAUCACGGCCAGCGCCUCGAAGGUUCAUCGUUUAUGAGACCGCCGCAGCCUUUUGACUUCGAAUUUGCAGCGGUGUGGACGAUCCUCGCACAAACGAACUCGGUCGCUGGUAAUUGAUAUGUCCUCAGACAAUGAACCUACUUGGAGAAUAUGCAGAAAAGCAGUUUGGAUGUUGAUACAAAAUGUUAAUAACUUAGCCGAUGCCGAAGCUUUACUCAACCGACAAGAGAAUGACCUUCAUAUUGCAAGCGGCAAAUGUUUCAUUUUAUUAUUGACGGCCAUUCAAACGCCGGAAAAGUCGCGACUGGAAUGCGCGCUGGCCGAGUUCAAGCGACUUGAGGCGCGAUGCGGCGCAAUGUUGGACGACGGCGGGUGGUUGGGAGCGUUCAGGCGCAAACUGCAAUUCUCGUCCAGCGCCGCCGCGGGCGUGGACUACUACGACGGACAGAUCGCGCUGGCCGACGUCACCCUGUGCAUAGUCGGACUGAUGGUCGUGAAGGUCAUAAACGGGUACAAUGUGGGUCACAUGGCUACCGCCAAAACGAUAUACACGUUGCGGCGUGCCUGGAAAAUGUACCAGCAAUGUUAUGCCUCCGUGCUGGACAUCUACCGCACCGUUUACGACCUGGACCCUGACGACAACACUCCGAGGUGGCCGCCAGUUUUGAAACGCAGACAAUCCACGUCUGCCACCUCGUUGGCAUCGACGUCAAACGUAGAAAGUCGUAUGCAUCGCUCGGCUACCACGUCGUUUGUAACGCUACGUCAAGAUUGUGUGUCAAACGGGAUGACUAAGGACGUGGUUAGAUUGAUGGCAGCGAUCAGUGUAGGAUAUGGAGCUUUUAAUUUGAUUUUAUCAUUGAUGUCACCAAUGGUUAUCCCUCUAAUCGGAAUGUUGGGUUUUCGUGGAAACCGCCAAACCGGUUUAAAAGCUUUAGCGUUUGCCAAAAACGGGCCUGAUGUACACGCACCGUUGGCAUGGUUGAUCCUGUCAUGGUAUUACAUGAUGGGAAACACAGAUUACUUGUUCGACGGUCCCCAGUCUCGAGAAAAUGAAACUUACAUCAAGGAAUCAGAACAAUUAGUAUGUAAUCCACCUGAAGAAUUCCAAAACUCGACAUCUCUGCAAUACUUUACUGGGCGAUCGCUUUAUCUAAAGGGUGAUUUAGAACGAUCGAUACGAGCGUACGAGAUUGGAUCAACAGUUGUAGUUGAUAAUUCUUUUGUAAGUAUGAAAACAAUGUGUUUACACGAGUUAGGGUUCAUGUAUGCAAUUCGAUUGGAUUGGAUGGCUGCGUAUAAAAAGUUUGCAAGUGUAGCAGAAGUGUGGAUGAGGCAGUAUCAUUACUUUAUGGCUACAGUGUGCGCAGGCGCGGCGGGCGAUUCAACCACGGCCGAGCUGAUGAGACAGCGUGCCGACGAAGCGGUAAACGGCAGUAGGUUGAACGCUUGUCCGGGUACGAUGUGCAGCUUUAUGGAGAGCAAGGAGAGGAAAGUGGCCGAAGCACUGCGGUGGACGGCGGCGGCCUCGAGCGGUGACGACGCCGACUGCAACCACCGCGACGGCCAGCGACACUGCCGUCUGAUCGCUUACGAGGUGCUGUACGUCAAGUACGGCGUGGCCAAGUGGCCGGUGGACGCUCUGCACGCCGUCCUAUCGGAUUGCCAAGAAGCUGAAGACGACGACAACACGAUGUGGUACACAAAACAAUUACUGACGAUCGUCUGUCGCAGAGUUUUGGGUUUCGUCGAUGACCACUGUCAUUCCCUGAUCGAAAUAGUCGAAAAUAUGGACCGGAACCAGCGGCGUGAUCACUUGUACGUGUACGGAGUUUAUGAACUUACCGCCGAGCAGAUCAGACACAUCGAAACUAUAGACGAGGGCAAACGAACAGUCCAAAAACUAAAGGAUUUAAAACGAGGUUACCAUUUUCAGUACUUCUACGAUAUGAGAUGUGUCUCAUUGCAAGCGUACGUACAAAAAUUAAAUGUCAGAUGACGAUUUUCUAAGUCCAAACAACUGCUACAUGAUGGAGUGCGAGUAAAAAACAUUUUUACAAACUUAUUGUUGUUGAUGAGUUUUUUUUAUUACUUGAGCACAUGUAUGAUGUAUAUUAUUAUUGUUUUCAUCGGAAUCGUACACUAGAAUACAAUAUUAGUAACAUAUUUUUUUAUACUAAACGGGCAAAAUAGGUCUAGAAACUAAACCGUCCACAAAAUAUAGUUAUAGAAAAUGGGUGUCUUAUAUCGAGUAAGUAUAACAAUAAGUGAUAAAUUACAGUAGGUACUUAUUUACAUGUACAUACUUUAUUUAAGUAAAUAACAAAUACUUUCAAUUAUUUAUAAUAGUUAUAGAUUUAUGGAUGGGUAAAUUGUAUAAUUAAGAAACAGAAUUUUAAAACAAUGUAAUGUUUUUUACAAUGUAUGCAUGUAGGGUCAAUUAUUAUUGAAUAUGUUUAGCCAAUUUCAAAUUGUAUUAAGUCAACCUUAACUCUUAAGUAAUAUUACAAUAUAUAUAUAUAUAUAUUUAGAAAAAUUAUUCUUAGCUCAAAAUAAGAAAUACUAAUGAUGCUCACUGCUAAGAUAACCUGAUAAACAUAUUAACUAUUUAACUACCAACAGGAGCAUUGGUGAUUUUAAACAUGAUUUUUGGUUUUUCUGAUUUAAAUAAAAAUGAUUUUGGUAGAAAUCAAACGAGUACGUACCUAUGUCCUAUUUGGUUAACUUGAGAAAUUUUAUUUUAAUAUCACGACAUUUUAUACCAAAUAUUUAUUUUUUCCUAUGUAUUGUGUACUGUGUAACCAAGAUUAAUUCUGGACCUUGGAACAAGAAGGACCAAUCUCACUUUUUAGUGAAAUAAAAGGGCCUAAUAUAAAAGGCUUAACAUAUUCAAUGUAUGUAUAUGUUAAGCCCUGUAUCUCAUUUCACCUAAGAGUGAGAUUGGCCCUUCUUGACCCAAGUCCAGAAUGAUUCUGUUGCAUAUUGCUAUAUCAACUACAAGUUAUAAAUAAUUUGAAUUUCCUAAAUAUGUGUAGGUGUGUGCCUGGGGACGUAUACAAGGGAAGAGGUCUGCGAACUCAACAUUUAAAAUGUUUUCAUAUAAGUACCAUUAAAAUCUAUUUUAUUUUAUUUAUUAAAUAAUAUAAUAAAAUAAUAGAAAUUCACAAUAAUUUUAAAAUGAUCAUUACUCUGCUUUAAAAUAAAAUAUCAAAAGCAAUUUCUGCUAGGGGCUAUGGUUUGUAUACUAUUCAAAUUCAGAUAUCAAACAACUAGUCUGUUUCAUUUCCUAUUAGUUUAUUAAAUUAUCAUCUGGAUCCGCCUGUUUAUAGCAACAUUAAUGAUCUUAUUACUUAUUAUCUAUGAUUCGAAUACGUCUAAAACCAUUGCUGGAUUCAAUGUUUGUUUUUUUUAAGUAAACAGUUCCAAUUUGUAUUAUGGAUUUUAAAUUAUUUUAAUCAACAAACAUAGAGUUUUGUGUAAUAUAAAUCUCUGUAAAAUAAAAAAAUAAAAUAAAUUUAUAGUAACAAACUAAACACAGCUUUUCAUAAAGCUAUGGAUGGCAUGUGUUUGUAAUUUGUAUAACAGGAUGACGAUGAUUAAUUAGGAAAAAUACAAACGGGUUCAUGAAGCUUUACCUCAAACAACCCUUGUCAUUUGUUACAAGAUUUCAGUCGUUUUCAACAGCCUCUUGAUGGGAUUUCAAAAUUCUAGUAACUAAUCAGUGUUUUCCCGAAAAAUAAAAAUAUACUCUUGCAAGUAUUUCAAUGAAAAUAAAUAUUAUUUUUAUUAUCACUAAAAUGUAUUCAAACUCCCUGAUGGCCUAAUGCAGAGGUAUCUAACCUUUUUUUACGGUGGGUCAAAUUUGAGAUACACUAUGGCAUCACGGGCCAACAUCGUUAGAGGAAUAGAGAGAUUAUGAAAUUGAAGAAUUAUAGAUAAGAUUUAUUUCGAAAAAUGUAUGUUUAUUUAAAUACGUUUUUUAUUUUAUAACGUGUUUUUCUAUUAUUAGUUAAUAGUUAGGGUUAAUAUAAUAAUAUAUAGGUAUUUAUGACUAUUAUAAACCUGUUAUGAAUAACACCAAAAGAAUAAUAAUUAAUUCAUUUUAUUUUAUUAAUUUAAAAAUUAAAAACAAUGAAAACUAUUUUAUUAGAUAUACUAUUUUCAAAACAUUAAUUAGUUUGGCGAACCGGUGCAAAAACCUUGGCGGGCCGUAGGUUGAAGACCGCUGGCCUAAUGUAUUAAUAAUAUUUGAAUUAUUUCGAGUUACUAUUAUUUUAUAUUUUAAUAUUAUUCAUAAUUAUCAAUUGUCAGUCAAGUUGGUGUAAUAGAUUUCCAACGAAUCAUUAAAUCCUGUGAAUACUAUUGAGUAUUGACAUAAAACAAUUAAAUUAUCAUCGUGGAACUACUCAAGUCGAAUAAUAAUAAAUUAAUACUAUUUAGGUUUUUGAUUUACAGGUAUUUGAGUUAGUAUACAGAAUAAAAUAAUUUCUUAUUUAGUUUUCAAGAAAACGGUUGACAUAUUAUUGUAAUUGCCUACAAAUUUAUUCCAAAAAUCUAAUAAAUACAACCAAUAACCAAUAAAUAAAAAUACAAAAAAAAAAACCAGUAACUUAAGUACCAAUAAUUAUAAUGUGUAAGUAAUUUAGUAAUAUUAUGAAACAAUAAAUAUUUAUUUUUAGAAAUAAUAACUUAAAAAGUUACAUUUUCAUAAUGACAUAACUACAUAACACAUAAGUAUAAGUAAAGUAUACACAUAUAGGGAUGCGUGAUAAAUUGUAAUCAUUAAAAAAUCUAGUGGUAAUAAUAAAUAUUGUAAUGUGAUUUAUAACCUAAUGUAUUUAUAUUUUGUCUACAAUAGCUAUCAAAAAUAGUUGUUAAUUGUUGAAUAACUGUUAAAUAUAUAAAUUUAUUUAC